AUAAGGAAGAUGAACAAAGGAGUAAGGCUCACAAAGCAAUCAGAAGAUUUAAUGAAUUAUUAGUGGCCUCUGCUGUUGCUGAUUUUUUACCUUAUCUAAGAUGGCUGGAUAUUGGUGGCCAUGAGAAAGCCAUGAAAGAGACUGCUAAAGAAAUGGACUGCCUUGUUGAAGAUUGGUUAGCAGAGCACAAAAGAAAGAGGAAAUUAAGGGGAAAUAAAUCAGGAGAUGAAGAAGAUUUCUUGGAUGUCAUGUUGACCAUUUGUGAAGACAAAGAUCUUUAUGAUUUUGAUGCUGGUGCCGUUAUCAAAGCUACUUGUUUGGCUAUGCAAUCGGCAGGUACUGAUACUACAAUUGUAACUCUAACAUGGACUCUAUCUUUACUCCUAAACAACUACGAAGCCCUUAAAAAGGCCAAAGAUGAGCUAGACAUUCAUGUUGGCAAGGACAGAUGGGUCCAAGAAUCGGACCUCAAGAACUUAGUUUAUCUUCAAGCUAUUGUUAACGAAUCGUUGCGUUUAUAUCCAGCUGCACCACUCUUGCUACCCCAUGAGUCGAUUGAGGAUUGUGUUGUUAGUGGCUACGAUAUACCAAAAGGCACUCGCUUACUA